GGCGGCGGCAAGCGGCAGGCCGGCCGGAGGAGCGUCCGCUCGUCGCCAGGAUGUUCCAGCCGACCCCGAAACGCUGCUUCACCAUCGAAUCUCUGGUGGCCAAAGACAGCCCUUCCUUGCCCGCUUCCCGCGCCGAGGAUCCCAUCCGGCCGGCGGCGCUCAGCUAUGCCAACUCCAGCCCCAUGAAUCCUUUCCUCAACGGCUUCCACUCGGGCGGGCGGGGAGUUUACUCCAACCCGGACUUGGUCUUCGCCGAGGCUGUCUCGCACCCGCCGAACCCCGCCGCCGUCCCGGUCCACCCCGUGCCCCCGCCCCACGCCUUGGCCGCCCACCCGCUGCCCUCCUCUCCCUCGCCGCACCCGCUCUUCGCCUCGCAGCAAAGGGACCCGUCCACCUUCUACCCCUGGCUCAUCCACAGAUACCGGUAUCUGGGCCACCGGUUCCAAGGUAAUGAAACCAGCCCGGAGAGUUUCCUCUUGCACAACGCACUGGCCCGGAAACCGAAACGGAUCCGCACCGCUUUUUCUCCAUCCCAGUUACUGAGGUUGGAACACGCUUUCGAAAAAAACCACUACGUGGUCGGGGCGGAAAGAAAGCAGCUGGCCCACAGCCUCAGCCUCACGGAAACUCAGGUAAAAGUUUGGUUUCAGAACCGCCGGACAAAGUUCAAGCGGCAGAAGUUGGAAGAAGAAGGCUCGGACUCCCAACAGAAGAAGAAAGGAACUCAUCAUAUUAACCGGUGGAGGAUCGCCACCAAGCAGGCCAGCCCAGAGGAGAUCGACGUCACGUCCGACGAUUAAGCCACCCCUUUUAAACAAGUAGAAA